CAUCUACCUCUCAAUCUAGCGGUGUGACACUGCUCCGUUCUCCAGCCAGCACUCCCGUCACGGUGCUUAUCUCGCAUAGAACCCGUUGAGCCUUGCGUCUCACGGCUCACGGCUCACGCCCUGCAGUGCCACCACCGCCAUCAAAGAUGUUAGGCGUCCCCGCUGGAGGCGGCGCGAGCAGGAGGAAAAAGGGGCUGAUGUACUCCAUGGGGAAUGUAUGUUUUUCUCCCAUCAUUACAUCACUUGAUCUGAUCCCGUUUGCCCAUCCCGUUUUUUGUCUGCCAUUUCUUUCGCGCUUGCAAGUGCAGCUUUCCAUUGUUGCCGCUCAACACGUGCGAGAUGCAGCGUCGCGUAUGGCUACGACUGGCUGCGCACGUUUGACGAGCGGUGAAGGGUAUGGAGGGUCCGGCAACGCAAGUAGCAGCCCGUGGACCCGACUCGGCGCAAUGGCUCUAGAUCCAGGAACCCGAGGUUGUACAGAAGUCCCUCAGCUUUGGGCAGGAGGCCACAUGAGGCAGUUUCUGCAUCGGGUACUGGACCUAGUGAGUGGUCCAAUUGGAUACCCAAAGCCGGGCAGAAGUACUCGCUCUAUGACCUGGUGAUGGAAUCUCCUGAUGGACUAUUGUCGAAGAGAGGCAUAUGAUUUGUCCCUUGGUACCUUCGGGUGAGCAUUGAUGGACCCGAGGCGCUGUCUAGCUGCAGGGUCUGACAAAGGG